AUGUCAGCAGUGCAUGGCACGGACAACACAUCAAAGUCAGCAUCAAAGAAAAAGAAGAAGAGCAAGAAGAAGGCCAAUGGCAGGGCUCCGGAUGCAGCUGAGAGUGCACAAGCGAACGGCGUGAAGCACGAGGCUGGCCAGGAUGCAGACGAGGACGAUGAUGACGACGAUGUGCCCGAGACGCUACGAGUGGUGAAGCUCAGUGAAGAUACGCUGCACAUGCCUUCAUCUCCGCCGGCACCAGCAUCUCCCAUAGAAGCUCGAGAUCCUCCCACACAGAAUGGAGCACAACAGUCACCACAACAAAAGGUCGAGCAGGAUGAGAGAGAGACAGUACCACCAUCUGAGCCGGACGCCAGCGCUCCUGCGCCAGAUAGUCUGCCUUCCGAGACUACAGCCCGUCUGGAUGCCCUACAGCAAGAACGAGACUUGUUGCGAGAAGAAGUGACAAGACUACGACAAUCUUUGGAGUCAAUUCAAACACUCCACAGCGAACAGCGAACCGAGCUAGAGCAGACCCAGCAAGGCAAAGAGAAUGCUGAAUUGCAAUACCGGAACUUACUAGGCAAAGUCAACACCAUCCGAUCUCAACUAGGCGAACGACUUAAGCAGGAUGCCGAAGAACUGGAGCAGGCCCGACGAAGAAUAGAAGAACUCGAAGCCAGUAACUCGACAAUCGCAGACGAGAACCAGCGGUUGCAAGAAACCAUAACCGAGCACCGCAGCAAGCUGGACGCACAGACCGGCGAGAUCGAAAGUUUACGUAGCCGGACGAAUCUUUCGACAAGCAAUUGGGUCAAGGAACGGGACGAAAUGGUCUCCCGCGAAGCCUACAUCAGAGAAGAAUACGAAGUCGCAAAACAGGCUAUGCAAGACUGGGAAAUUCUAGCCACCGAUGAACGUAGCCGCCGCGAAGCACUGGAAGAACGAGUCGGCGACUUGGAAGACCAGCUCGGUGGGUCGAGGGACGCUUACGAGCGCGUGAGGAAUGAGACAGAGACGCAAGGCAGUACUGUGGACGGACUACAGCGUGCGCUCCGAGACCUCCAGGAUGAAAGGAAGCGAGAGCUGCGAGAAAUGGUCGAGCAAUCUCAAGCCCAGCUCGAUGAGCUAAAGAAGCAAGCAAGCCUAGCCGAGUCCGGCGCAGAAGAACUAAAGCAACACCUCGAAGCCGCGAAGAAAGAUCUCGACCGCGCCCUACCAUUCGAAAAAGAAGUCCGAGAAAAAAACCUCCUAAUCGGCAAACUCCGCCACGAAGCCGUGAUCCUAAACGACCACCUCACCAAAGCCCUCCGGUUCCUCAAGCGAGGCAAAGUAGAAGAUAACGUCGACCGCCAACUCGUGACCAACCACUUCCUACACUUCCUAGCCCUAGACAGGAGCGAUGCGAAGAAAUUCCAGAUCCUCCAACUCAUCGCCGCCUUACUAGGCUGGGACGAAGCACAGAAGGAACAAGCGGGUCUCCUGCGCACAGGCGCCGGGGCAUUGGGUUUCGGGAGUGGAACGAUGGGGAGUCUUAGACUCCCCGUCUCGCCGUUCAGGCGCACGCCGAGCACACCUACACUUAGUAGUGAUUUCGUGCCUGAGACUCCGGGGCUGCAGGGACGGGAGAGCUUGGCGGAAUUGUGGAGUGAGUUUUUGGAACGCGAGGCUGAAGCUGGUGGUGGUGGUGGUGGUGGGGUGGGGAGUAGUAGGAGGGGCAGUGUGGCGGCGAAGAGCGUAAGGAGUACUAGUUUUGCUAGCCAAGGUGGUGGUGGUGGUGGUGGUGGUAGUGGUGGUGGGGUCGCGAGUCCGAGUAGUGGUGUGCCGCCCGUGCCUGCUUUACCUGCGGGGGUAGGAAGGCAGAGUCCUGAGGUCAAGAGGACGGAGAGUGGAGGUGGGACGAGGUAG